CACAAUGACAGUGAUUGUGACAGACUGACAGAGCAGCAAUAACGUAAUUUACAUCGAGCAUUUUUUAUUUUAUACAUUUUCAGCCUUUAUAUACUUUGAAAAGUAAUAAAAAAAAUUGAACUCGAAUAUAUUUACAUAAAAUAAUUGCUACUGGUACUCAUUAGCAAACAUGAUAGUGCAGUAAUUUUUCCAAAUUUCACUUAGGUAGCCAGGCAAACAAUGUAUCCAUCCAUCAAGCCAUUAGCCAUACUGUGUUUGAUUUAUUUAUAGAUAGUUUAAGUGAGUAUAAAAUAAUAAUACAAUGAAUGAGAAUGAAAAAUUUUCUGAAACGGAAGAAGAAAUUUAUGUUUAUGUUGAAUUUGAUGAAAGUGUCAGUAUUGAAAAGUAUGGGAACUUGCAUGUCUUAGGAAUUGAUACUAAAAAUCCAAUUAUACAAUUGGAUGAAACCUUUUGCUCUGGUAACUUUGAGACUCCCCUAGGCACAUACAUGUUUUUCGAAGAUGAUCCAUCAGCACAUACAGAUGACCCUCUAUUUGAUAAGUUACCAGAAAAAAAUUUGAAAUAUUUUUUAAAGACUCGAAAAUUUAUUAAAGCUGAACAUGUAUAUGUCAAACAAAAGGAUGGUAUAGAGAAAGAAUUUCAAGAAAGGCAUACGGAACCAGAAAUUAAACCAGUUACAUUCACAUCCAUCACAGAAGCUAUUGAAAAAUUUAAAAAGGAGUGGAUAAAAUCCGAAACAUCUACUCUGGAUCCCAAAUGAUAAUUAAUACAUCAUUAUUUUAUUUAUAUUAUAUUAAACACAGAAUGUGUAUAUAAUACAUGUACAUAUUGUAUAUAAUACACAUUCUGUGCAUACUACUUAAUAUAAUAAAUCAUAUUUUAAUUAAGCACUACUAAAAUCCAAAUCUUUAUUAUAGUUACAAUUUUUAAGAACCACAUAUACCUAUGUAUGUCAUAAUUUUGUAAAUAGUGUAAAUACAUUUUUUACAUCAUACCUAUUA